AUAGGCGUGUUUUCAUUGGCUAAUGAAGAGAGCAGCUGGCCAAUGCUGGGACGCUUUGCAUAGCAGACGACAGUCAGCUGAUGAUGCAACAACAACAGUCAUGGCCGCCGCAUCCAACCUCCUGGCUCUCGACUUUGAAGUUUUCGGCACCGUGCAAGGGGUCUUCUUCCGCAAGUACACCCAUGACCAGGGAGUCAAGCUAGGUUUACGCGGCUGGUGCAUGAAUACUUAUCAUGGCACAGUUGUAGGGCAGUUGGAAGGCCCUCGAGACAAGGUGGCUCUGAUGAAGGAUUGGCUACAAAGGGUCGGCAGUCCAAGCUCCCGCAUAACAAAAGCUGAAUUCAAGAAUGAACGGGAGAUUCCAGACUACACUUUCAAAGGCUUCACCAUCAAGCACUAAAGAUAUGUUUGGUCCUGAGGUUGUCUGAGAUACAACCUGGUUAUCUCUCUUCAUACGUAAGACAGAUGGAAUAAAUGGUGAUUGUAACCAAGGGAACAUUUUUUUGCUAAGAUUGCAGGUAGUCACAAUAGAAAAUUUAUUUUUAAAGUACUGAUUUGUGCAGUAUUUGUAAUGUUAUACUGCAUGUUAUUGGUUGCAUUCUUUUGAAUGCAUGGAAGUUUUAGGGGAAAGGAAAAAAACGAAGAACCUAAAUUCAACUAAUGAUGUCUUAUAUCACAUAAGAAUGUUUAUUUAAGUCCAAAUAAUUUAAUGCUGUGACAAGUAAAUAUUAGUUAACUAUGACAUCUCAAACAGGACCAAUAAGAAAUCUUUCAGGACAGACAAUACUAGAGUGAAUUAUGGUUCACUUGCAGGAAUAUAUCAGUAUUUAGGUCAUAAUAUUUAUGUACUUUGAAUGUAGUAUUGUGUAACCCACAUAAAAGGAGUUGCUGAGUAUGUAUAACACUUUAAAUGUGUAAAAAUAUGGAGAACAUUAAACAAAUACUUGUGCAGCACAAUGAAAUGUUAAACAAAUUAAAUGUUUCUGUUCAGGGUAAAGUAACAGGGAUGUUCAUAUUACAAAGGCUUUGUAUAAUGGUUCAUGUGAAGCCGCAUCCAGCAAAUCAUGACAUUUUACUCUUAGUAUGAGGCAUUUAGAGUAAGAAUAAUGAAUGAACAAUCUUGAGGUCUUGAGAUAAGCUUUGAAAUUAUAUCUGAGAGGACUUGUUCAUUUGGCAGUAUAAACUGAAAUUAUAACUAGCAGGAUAUGUUCUAUUAGCACAUGAAAUAACAUGUCAUAAAACCAAUCAUCUUUGAGUCCCCACUUACUACCCACAGCAGAUACAUAACUAGUCAGUGUGUCAAAUCCUUUGCCCAAGCAAAAGUCUUAAAUUAACCAAUUUUUAAAAUUAUUGUAGCUCACCUGUUAUUAACCCAUCCCAGUCAAAAUGCCAAGGAUUUCUUUCUAUCUUUCCUUUCGUCUUUUCUAUUUUUUGAGGAGUGGAAAAUUGGAACAUUCUUUUUGCUUUAAGAUGAUUAGUAUGAGAUGUAGCGGGAAUUCAGAGAAUAUCGCAAUCACUUGGUGAACAAGAAAUACUUUGAAAACUGAAUCAUUCUCAUUGACUUUGUAGGCUAGCUAGUUUCUCAAGAUUUCCAUUUGUUAUGUUCACUGUUGUUGCUGAGAAUACCUCAUAUGAAGUAAAUGUAGCAUUUAUGCUAUUUUCUUAUUUCAACUUGUAACCAUUGUAGCAUUAACUUGUCAGACCUGCAUCAUGAGGAUAAUAAGUACCAAGAGGAGAAAAUAAAAGAGCAAAAUAAAGAUAAAUAUUUAAUGGGAAAUCAGGUUUUGCUUAUGGAGCCUUACCCUACCAAAUAAUUAGAACUGUGGUGCAAAAGGAAGUAAUGAAGGUACCCAUGCAUAUUAACACACUGAUCUGCCUCACAUUGUCUAUUGGCCUCAUGAAUGAACAGAUUUCCCUCUUUGUUAAUUCUCUAUGUGCACAUUUACCUCAGUAUUUCAUUGAAUGCAAGAACAGAUGUGAUAGAAGAGAGAAGAGGUAAAGAGUCAAGUAGAAAGCUGCUUUGAUGAUAGUGAAUAAUAUAAGAGAAUUAACUUGUAAGGUAAUCCAUAAGCAGUUACUUGUGUGAAAAUUGCUUCUGAAUAUUAGUUUGUAUGAAAUGCCAAUUGAUUUCCCAACUAUCCCGCUGUCCAGAAGAAAUUUGAAUGCAUGAUUCCUAAACUGCUAUUAAAAAUAUAUAUUAAAUGGUAAACUUUAAAAUUUAACAAGUGAUGUAGGUUGGAAAAAUGUAAAUUGUUUAUCUCCUUGUAAGUGUUGCAGUUUUUUCCCAUAGGUGUUCCUCAUGUGGUCAACCAGUGAAAUUAAGAACCCUUUUGAUGCAUUAACCAAGACUAUCUUCAAUCUAGUAAGAUCAGGCAAGAUGACUAUUUGAAAGAAUAACGAUUUAGUAACAAAUUCAUAUUAUCUGUAUUUCAUAUCCUUAUUCUUACUUGUGAUGUGGUAUGGAUGAUAUUCAGUGCAUAUUGCCCACAGGUUAUAUUUUUUGUUUUUGAGUUUUUACUCAGGUACCAUGUUAGUGAUAGCAGAAUAGUGUUUCUUUGCAUACAUUUCCUCACAGGACUUCUUUUAGGUUUUGUUUAAAUGGAGCAUCAUUCAAUUUUCGGAAUGCAUGCUGUAACAUUUUCAAUUCAUCUUUCAAAUAACAUUUGUGAACAAGAGGCAAAAAAUGUGUUUAGAAAUGUGAAAUGAAUAAAUGAUACAUUUUGAAGAUAACCAUGAAUCAGUAACUCAACUUCACUCUCAUAAAAAAAAAGCAUGAAUACCAUGAGAAAAGCACAUCUGUAAUUGAUGUUUCAGAGGCAAAAGUAACAUUAAGCAGUUCACUACAUAUAAUGCCUUUGGUAUAAUUACAGGUCAGAUCUUAUCAUGAGUAAGAGUUUUACGUCAGAGUUCCACUGACCUUUGAGGCGACCACCUAAACAUUUAUUGACAUAUCUGGAACGCUGUGAUUGCUCAAAUUACUUUCUAAAAAAAAAUGUACCUGCAAAAAAAGUGGUGUCUUCAGUUACCAUUGAAGAUUUUAUCCCAAUCUGUGAUAUUUUGUGCUUGUGGACAUUGCAUUAUGUCUUUGAUGCAUAUCAUUUUUCACCAAAUUGUAAGUCCUGUUUAAUUUUGAAAAAUAAAAGCAUACAUCCUAA